GUCACUCCGUUUGGACCACAUUACCCAUAAUGCCAAGCGAGCUUCCGGUGAAAGAUUAGACAGUCCAAAGAUGGCGGACCUCCUGGGCUCGAUCUUGAGCUCGAUGGAAAAGCCCCCGAGCGCUCACGACCAAGAGAGCCGACGGAAAGCUAGAGAACAAGCAGCCAGACUGAAGAAGAUGGAGGAGGAUGAGAAGAGAAAGAAAGCAGAGUUUAGGAAAAAGAUGGAGAAGGAGGUGUCCGGCUUCAUUCAGGACAGCGCCCUGCGGAAGAAGAGAUACGAGCCCAUGAGCAAGAUCAAGAGAAGCAUACUGCAUGAUGUGGCCGAGGUGGCUGGCCUGGCGUCCUUUUCCUUCGGUGAAGAUGAGGAGAACAGAUACGUCAUGCUGUUUAAAAAGGAGUUUGCACCAUCGGAUGAAGAACUGGAGGCUUAUCGGAAAGGUGAGGAGUGGGACCCGCAGAAAGCUGAGGAGAGACGGCGGUGGAAGGAGCAGGCUGCUCUGGAGACUGAAGAGGCCAGCCGCGCUCAGAAGAGGCCUGCGUCGCCCAGUUCAAACUACAGAGACAAGUACAGCCAUCUGAUUGGAACAUCUGCUGCUAAAGACGCCGCCCACACGCUUCAGGCCAACCAAUCAUAUGGCUGUGUCCCCGUGGCCAAUAAGAGAGACACUCGCUCCAUUGAGGAAGCCAUGAACGAGAUCAGAGCCAAGAAAAGGCAGAAGAAAGACGAGGAGGAAGGCGCUGGCAGCAGUGUGUGAUCAUGCAGCACAGAAGAGUGACUGAGCAGUAUUUUGUGUUUCAUGAAGUGUCCCGCACAUGAAGGCAGUGCACAGCUGCUGCAGUAUAACCGCACUGUUCAUAUUACUGUCCCAAAUCAUGUGUUUUUAGAGUAAACCCAAACAUGUGCUGUUUAAUGUCGCAAAGUCCUUUGUGUUUUGGCAUGCUGCUCUUUUUAAAGUUAAGCCACGACUGGUUUUAGAACGGUUUGUGUUUGCGUCGCUGGAGAGAGUCAUAUUUAUUAUCCUGGACAUAACUGUGGUGUGUUUGUCUGACUCUGUGGCCACUUUAUGUUCAUUUUAAGUCACGAAACAGUAUGUCCUUAAACUAGGAGUUGUUUCUUGUUACUGUUUAUUUGCUUUGUUUUAAAAUAAAUUUGGUUGAGGAUGA